CAUCUUUCAAGUAGCUGACAGACAUGUGGUUGAACUGCGAAUUUAGGGCGUCGCGCAAUCCACAAAAGCGUUGUGAGCUAUAUAAAUGCAUGCGAUGGUGGAAUAUGUUCCAAAGAAAGCAGAGACUGCAGCAUACACCACCUCAGCUCCGCCCACCCCAAUCAUGAGUCCAUUGAACGCCUGUGAAGUCCUUCUUCCUCCGCUAGUACUGUUACUAUUACUGCCACUGGAUCUUCGACGUAUAGGAAAACUCCUCGAUCUGCUCAGGUAGUGUCCUAGUAGUCUUGCUG